UCUCUCCAUUUUGGCCGCAGGUGGAGCCGCAGGCGGGACCGGGGGAGCAGCGGAGCGGAGGCGUCUGAUCCCCCCGCCUCGGGCGGACAUGGCGGGCCUGGAGGUGCUGUUCGCGUCGGCCGCGCCCUCCCUCACCUGCGCGCAGGACGCGCUCGUCUGCUUCCUGCACUGGGAGCUGGUGACGCACGGCUACUCUGGCCUGGGCGCCGGCGACCAGCCAGGGCCCAACGAUAAGAAGUCAGAACUUCUGCCUGCCGAGUGGAACAAAAACAAAGAUCUGUAUGUUCUCCGGUAUGAGUCCAAGGAUGGAUCCAAAAAGCUCCUCAUGAAGGCUGUCACUGUGGAGAACAGCAUGAUCAUCAACGUGCUGGAAUAUGGCUCACAGCAAGUGUCAGACUUGACCCUGAACUUGGAUGAUUAUAUUGAUUCAGAACACUUGGUUGACUUCCACAGGGCCUACAAGAAUAGUGAAGAACUGCGGUCUCGUAUCAUAUCUGGAAUCAUCACACCAAUUCAUGAGUACAGGGACAAGGAUAGAGUGAGCAGUCCCCACCGGGAGUUUCCCCCUGCCACUGCCAGAGAGGUGGAUCCACUUCGGAUUCCUCCUUACCAUCCACACACCAGCCGGCAGCCUCCCUGGUGUGAUCCCCUGGGCCCAUUUGCUGUCGGAGGAGAGGACCUAGACCCCUUUGGGUGCCGGAGGGGUGGCAUGAUAGUGGACCCCCUGAGAUCUGGCUUCCCGAGAGCACCUAUCGACCCAUCUUCUGGUCUUCCAAACCGGCUUCCUCCAGGCGCUGUGCCCCCCGGAGCUCGCUUUGACCCCUUUGGGCCCACUGGAACUAGCCCAUCUGGACCUAACCCCGACCACCUGCCCCCGCCUGGCUACGAUGACAUGUUUCUGUGAAGGCCUCAAGAAUGUAACAACCCGGAUUUUCCUCCACUCUCCUGGAGCUGCUGCCACGGACCCUCUUAGCACCUAUAUUCUUGUAGCCAGGGAGUUUCGGCACUGGUAGGCUGACUGGUUGUCUCCCCGCCCAUCAGUUCCAAAACACCUGUUGCCACUUACCACCUGGCUGCACGUAGGUCCCAAGGAGAAAUCCGUGCCUCCAUCAUUACCAGCUCCUCCCCACUCCCCAUGAGAGACUCCAGCAGCAGAUGUCCUCUACCCAGUGCGAUCCCGGUUGCAGCGCUAUAAGAACAGAACGCAUUUUGGAUGUUAUUAUUAAGAACCAAAUGUCAAAACAAAAA